GGAACCUGUUCAUAUCUAUACUAUCGUUAAAGUAGAUAUAUCAAGAAUAGGCUAACAAGAAGCUUUCUGAAAGAAGUAUCAUCAUUGUUAUAAAAUUUAUCAUUUUUCAUCUAUAAAACAGUUUAAACACAUAAGAAUGGUAUCAAGCUUCGUUAAGCAGAUUUCCUUCGAAGUGGAUUAUGCUCCUUCCAAGAUUACCAAAUGGCGUUCUACUAGAUCAGGUCUUCAAAUAACCUAUAUAAAUCAACCAUCUCCUAUCGUCAAUGGUUAUUUUGCCGUUGCUACUGAAAUUGAAGAUAAUUCAGGAAGUCCACAUACUCUUGAACAUUUGAUCUUUAUGGGAUCAAAGAAAUAUCCAUACAAGGGCUUAUUAGACAAUUUAGGUAACAGAUUAUAUUCAUCUACUAAUGCUUGGACAUCAGUUGAUCAGACUGUUUAUACUUUGACAAGUGCUGGUUGGGAUGGGUUCAAAAGCUUAUUGCCUGUUUACUUGGAUCAUUUAUUAUUUCCUACUUUAACUGAUGAAGCAUGUCUUACAGAAGUUUAUCAUAUUGAUGGUGAAGGUAAGGAAAAAGGGGUGGUAUUCAGUGAAAUGCAAGGCAUUGAAAAUCAAUCUUGGUUUAUCACUUACUUAAAAAUGCAACAAUCCCUUUAUGCUCCUAAAUCAGGUUAUUCAUCUGAAACUGGGGGUUUAACUUCAGAACUUAGAGUAUUAACCAAUGAUAGUAUCAAAGAUUUCCAUUCAUUAAUGUAUAGACCAUCGAACUUAUGUGUUAUAAUUACUGGUUCAGUUGAUGAAGAUGAAUUAUUAGAAAUAAUGGAAAGGUUUGAUAAAGAUUUACCUUCUAUUGAAGACCAACCAAAAACAAGACCAUUUGUGGAUUCUAAAAUUGAUCCUCCUUUGAAUGUUGAUUUGAUUACUGAAAUUGAGUUCCCAGAUAAUGAUGAAUCCAUGGGUGAAUUGAUAAUUUCCUGGAUUGGUCCAAAAGGUGAUGAUUUAGUUGCCAAUAUGGGUCUUGAUAUGGUUGGAGCCUAUUUCACUAAUAGUCCAAUUUCAUUAUUGAAUAAAUAUUUAGUAGAGAUUGAAAAUCCCCUUGCUACUGAUAUUGAUUAUACUACUGAUGAUUAUAUAAGAACAACCAUUAACUUCACUGUUAGUGGUAUUCCAAAUGAAAAACUUCAUGAAGUUGAUUCCAAAAUUAAGCAAUUAAUCUUAGAACAAACCAAUCCAGAGAAUUUAGACGUCCAAUAUUUAAGACAAGUCAUUAAACAACAACGUUUGAAAUAUAUUUCAAGUACUGAAAAGUCGGCAUCAAUGUUUUCCAAUGUGGCCAUAUCUGAUUUCAUAUACGGAAAUCCAGAUGGAACCGAUUUAAGAAAGUGGUGUAAGGACUUGAAUGAAUAUGAUAUUUUAUUAGAAUGGACUGCUGAAGAAUGGUCCAAGUUUAUCCACAAGGAGCUUGUUGAAAAUAAAUCUGCCACUGUCAUUGGUAUACCAUCAUCUAAAUUAAAUCAAUCCAUUAAAAAAGGUAAGAAAAAGUUCUCUAAAGAUAUAAAAGAGAAAUAUGGUGAAGAUGGGUUAGCAAACUUGGGUAAGCAACUUAAACAUGCUCAAGAAAAGAAUGAUAUUGCAAUUCCUGAUUCUUUAUUAACCGCCUUUGAAAAGCCAGAUCCAUCAAAAAUUGCAUUUAUCGAGACUAAAUCAUAUAAAGCAGGAUAUGAAAAAGGAAUUGUCCCUGUUGAUUCAAGUAAAUAUAUUACUGAAGGAAAGAUCCAUGAUAUUUUGAAACAUGAUUUACCAAGGGAAGAUUUCCCACUUUUCAUCCAUUAUGAAGAUUUUAAAUCAAAAUUCACUACUAUUAAUUUAUUAUUUUCUGCUGCCAGGGUUGAACCACGUUUAUUAAGUUAUUUAUCUAUUGUUGAAGAACUUUUUUCAUUAUCAAUUGAAUUACCAGAUGGAACAUAUGUUCCUUAUGAUCAAGUUGUUUCUGAAUUAAAUGAUGAUUUGAUUGAAUUUCAUUUAGAUAAUGGAUUUGAAAAUCAAUUUUUAGAAUUGAUUAGUAUUAAAGUUAAAUUUGAAACUUUAAAAUAUUCAAAAGCAAUCGAUUGGUUAUUGAAAAUUACCAAAUUCACUAAAUUUGAAGAAUCAAGAGUUAAGAUCAUUGUUGAAAAAGUGAUUAAUUCGUUACCUGAUAAGAAGAGAAAUGGAGAACUUAUGAUGUAUUCUUCGCAAUAUAGACAUUUAUUCAAUGAAAACUCAGUAAGGAAAGCUCAUGAUUCUAUUGAAUCUGAACAGUUCUAUAAAGAUAUUUUAACCCAAAUCAAUGAUGGAAAGUUUGAUUUAAUUGAAAAGGAUUUGAGAGCUUUAAGAGAUCAAUUAUUCCAUUUAGAUAAUACUAAGGUAUUUGUAUUAGGUAAUAUUGAAGAAGUUGCUUCCCCAGUAUCUUCAUGGUCCGAAUUUGUUGAUACUUAUAUCGAAGAAGAAUCAAAAGUUGAUAAAUUUGUGUAUAAACCCGAUGCAUUUAUUGAUUUACCUCAUUCACAUCAAUAUCAUUCUGAAUUAGGUCAAAAAUGUCAAAAUUCAGCUACUCUUAUUGUUAUUCCAGCUGCUGAUUCGAUUCAUUUAGUUUCAUCUACCCCAAUUCCAACUGAUUAUUUAAAUGAAGAUAUUUUUAAGAUUGCCUUAACUACUGAAUUCUUAACUGCAGUAGAAGGACCAUUUUGGAGAGGUAUUAGAGGUACUGGUUUAGCUUAUGGAGCUAGUAUUAGAAGAAAUUUAGAAACUGGUUAUUUAACAUUCUGUAUAUAUCGUGGAGCUGAUGCUGAACAAGCAUGGACAACUGCCAAAUCGAUUGUUGAUAAAUUCUCCACUGGUGAAACUGACAUUGAUGGUUUAAGUAUUGAAAAUGCCGUUGCUGCUAUUGUAAAUGAAUUAGCUAAUGGUGAAUCUAAUAGUUAUGAUGCUGCAUUUAGCAAGAUUAGUGAUAAUUUGUUUAAGAGAAGAGGACCAAAUUAUAUUAAAUAUUUCCUUACAAAGUUGAAUAAACUUGGAAAGGAUGAUAUUCUUUAUGCAUUAAAGAAAUAUUUUCAACCCCUUUUCAAUGCUGAUCAAUCGGUUGUGUUUGCUAGUGUACCUUCAGGAAAACUGGAAGAAUUAACUGAUUUCUUCAGUAAGGAAGGAUAUAGUGUUCAAAAGGAAGAAAUCAUUACUGAAAAAUCAAGUUCUGGUGAAAAUGAAGAAUCAAGUGACGUAGGUAGUGAAGAAGAUGAAUCAUUAUCAGAAGAUGAAACUGGUAGCGAAACAGAAGAAUCGUCUGACGAAGAUGAUGAUGAAGAAGAAGAGGAAGAAUAGAUAAAAAAAUAGACUAUAUACCCAAUACAUGCUAAUCAUAAUAGUAAUAUCAAAAGUAUAUACCUUGUUAAAAUAGAGAUAUCUAAUCAUUGUAGAUACCAGAGAAUGCAAAAAAAAUUUGGUUGUGUUUAAAGGAAUUGCUGGUGUGUAUAAUGAUACCCGCGAGAUUCGAACUCGCGCCUCCGAAGAGACCAGGACCUUACCCUGGCGCCUUAGACCAGCUCGGCCAGAGUACCCAAUUCCUAGCU